AUGACAAUGUUAAGUUAUAGAGGGAAACAUUGGAUAGGGCAAGCUAUAUCAGUGCAUUAUGUAGGCCAAUUGGAUUAUUUUGAGGAAGUAGAUAUUAAAGAACAAACGGGUGAUAAAGGGGAGCCGCUUAAAAGAUGUAAAGUUAUCGAUGCUAAUGGAAAUAAGUGUGGAACUAUUUAUAUCAAUAAUGGAUCAACUGGGAAUGCUAUAAAUCAUUUAUUGAGUGAAUACGAAAUGACAAAAGAAGGUAGAAAAGAUAAUGGACGCAUUCAUUUCACCGGCAAUCAUUUCACUGAUAAAAAGUCUGGAAGAAACAUUGAAGAAUGGAAUUUGCAUGAAAUUGAAAAAGAAACAAUUAAUGCAAAAUAUCUCCAGUUAAUUAACGAUGUGUCCACACGUUGGAACUCUAGCUACCUUGCUUGGGUCCGUUUGCUGUAUUUAAAGGAAUGGAUAAUACUUUUGUUAAAUAUUCUAUCAUGCAAUACAGAUGUAGAUUCAAAAAAGAACGCGCAACGAUUAAAACAGAUCAUGAUUGCCGAUAAUGAAUGGGAUCUUAUUACUGAUCUAACAGAAGUGUUAUCUACAUUUGCUGAUGCAACAGAAGACUUGGGUGGAAGCAAAUAUGUGACGAAUUGUAUGCGUACGCCGAUGUUAAUGGAAAUCAUUAAAACAUUAACAACUGAAUCAUCAUAUGAUCAAGAAUCUGACGAAGAAGAUGAUGCAUUUGAAAUUAAUGAUGUGGAGGAAGGACAAGAUUCUACAGCUAGUAGUAAAAUAAACAAACCAAUUAAUACUUUUGGUUUGCUAGAUGAAGCUCAACAAAUCGAUACUAAAAAUCAUCUGCAAGAAUUAUUUGAGAAAGAAAAGGAAAAUUAUCAUACCAGCACAACUAAUUCAUCAACUCAGUCAACAUCUCAAUCGAAAUCUUCAACGAAAAGGAAAACUCUAAUGGCACGACUCUCCCAAUCUAAUGUAGUUGUUGUUGAUGAAGUUGAAGAAUAUCUUCAGCUACCAGAAAUUUCAUUAAGGUUAGAUCCUCUCGCGUGGUGGAAUGAAAAAAAAGAAAGUUUUCCUAUUCUGAGUGGUCUUGCUCGAAAAUAUCUAGCAGUUUCGGCAACCUCAACUGCUAGUGAACGUCUCUUUUCCGAUGCUGGGAAUUUAUUAACUAAUAAAAGAACAAGAAUAAGACCGAAGUUAUUCAAAAAGCUUAUGUUUUUGAAGAGGAAUGCAUCCAAUUUUAAUUCAAUUCAUCCUACUGAUUAA